CAAACGAAGAGGGCGGCCUCCCUACCUCGCGUGGGUCCACCCUUCCUCUGCCGCCCGACCCAGCCCCGCCGCCGUCCGUGCUGCCGUACCCCUUCUUCCACCACUUUACUGUCUUUCUCAAUCCAACCGCCGGUCGCCUAAUCCUCGUCGGACUGAACUUCCGCUUGCCGGUUAGUACUCCCUCUUCAGUCUAUGCAGAAUUGGGGCCGGAAUCCGUUCGAGGGUCGGAGGAUCUCCUUUCUCGGAAUCCGGAAUCCUCGUCGAACUGAAGCAAGUCUGUGGGUCCUCGCGGCGACAAUUUUUAGUCCAAGUUCGAAUCUUUCUCGGAGCCAGUCAGGAUCCCGCCCUCUGCGUGCUUCAUCCAAGAUUGCAGCUUUCCAAGUAUUCCUGCAGAAACUGUUCAUCUUCGUAGAGAGGCUCUGCUCCAAUGGAGACCUGUAGCAGAGCUGGGACUCGGAGCAACCUAUGGCCAUGGGGUCUAGCUAUACACCCAAAAGAUAUGUGGUAUCUUGUCCUCAGAGUUUUGCCCAAACUGCUGGUCUUUCCUCACAGUUUACUGAAGAAAUUUCGAAAAGAUGAACAUGUGCAUGCAUCACUGAUUGAACUGGAUACUGUGGUGGGCGUGAUGCCAGAGCUGCCGCAGGAUACGUUGAUGGUUAUCUUUGCCAACCUUCAGAUCCCUGACCUCAUACGUGCGGGUUCUGUCUCUUCCUCUUGGCAUGCCGCCUACACCAGUCUGCGCGACCUCGGGCAGUACAAAAUGUCCCAGACGCCAUGCCUGCUCUACACCUCUGAAUCUGCUGGUGAGAAUGUUGCGUGUCUCUACAGCCUCGUGGAACAGAGGGAAUACAAGUUAACUCUCCCAGAUCCACCCAUCCGUAGUCGGUUUCUGAUCGGGUCCUCCAAUGGUUGGCUGGUUACUGCGAAUGAGAGGUCUGAGCUGCACCUUGUCAAUCCGAUCACUUGUGAACAGAUUGCUCUCCCGUCAGUGCUCACCAUCGAGCAAGUGAAGCCCAUCUUUGAUGACUCAGGCACUAUCAACAUGUACGAGCUAUCAUACCACGGUGGCAGGGCGCCUGAGAUAUAUGCUCUCAACGAUCUGCGUGAGCACCUCUACUUCAAGGCAUUUGUGUUCCCUGAUCUGUCCACUGGAAGCUACAUUGUGGUGCUCAUCCACAAUCCGUACCAUCAGCUUUCGUUUGCAAGAGCUGGGGAUGAUAAGUGGAACUUACUGCCACCGAACAUACGCUAUAGAGAUUGCAUGUACAUGGAUGGUCUGUUGUAUGCACUGACAUCACUUGGAGAAAUCCACGCUUUUGAUCUCACUGCCUCCACUGUCACAAUGAAGGUCAUUAUGGACCGGGUGAAGUUUAUUCACGAGAGCAUGUACAUCAUUCUGGCUCCUUGGGGUGAUCUGCUGCAAGUUUGGAGGAUAGUAGAUCAUCCAAUGCAUGAGGAACACGAUGCACCAGGGAUAGUAUAUCAUCCAGGGCAGGAAGUUUGGAGGAUUGUAAAUCAUCCAGAGCAUGAGGAAGAGGAUUGUGAUGCACCAGGGAUAUUAAAUCAUCCAGAUCAGGAGGAUGAGGAUGGUGAUGCACCGGGGAUAGUAAAUGCUCCAGAGCAGGAGGAUGAGUGCGUGCGAUAUAUUACCAAGAAAAUCAUAGUAUAUAAAGUGGACAUGGCUGCAAAACAGCUUGUGAAAAUUAACAGCUUGCCACAUCAUAUUUUAUUUCUUGGGCACAACCAGACACACUGUCUUGGUGCUGCAGAACACCCGCAAUUGAAGGCCAAUCAUGCCUACUUCACUGAUGAUCACGACAAACUGAUUAUGCUAUUAAAGAAUCAUACUCGUGAUAUAGGAGUUCUCAACUUGGAAAAUAGCAGGAGGAAGGAAAUUGUGUCUCAGAUUUGGUCCAACUGGCCUUCUCCCACAUGGAUAAUACCCAAUCUUACAAAGAUGAAUUUGGCAUUCUGCAAAUAAGCCUAUUUUAUUUAUUUAUCUCGGUAUUAAAAUUAUGGAACCCUCUUUUGUAUUGUUAAUUUUUAUUUAACGAAAAGGCUGUAAUUCAGAUAUCAGAAAAAUAACGGGAAGAAAGGGCGGAGGAAAAGUUCUGGUU